AGCCUUCGCGCCCGAGAGGGGCGGGGCCCGAGAAGCAUUCCCGGCAGGCUUUGCGCCGAGGGAGGCAGCCUCACAAACCGUCAUGGCGGUGCCCGGAGCGGCUGCAAUGGCGGCGGCGGCUCUUCCUCCUCCUCCUCUUCCUCCGUCGGGUCCGGCCAGCCCCGCGGGCCCCGCCGCCCGAGACCUCUUCGCCGAAGGGCUGCUGGAGUUUCUGCGCCCGGCCGUGAGGCAGCUGGACACCCACGUCCACGCAGUCCGAGUCAGUCAGGUGGAGCUGCGGGAACACAUUGACAGUUUGGCCACAGAACUCUGCCGCAUCAACGACGACCAGAAGGUGGCGCUCGACCUGGACCCCUAUGUCAAGAAGCUGCUGAACGCCCGGCGACGGGUGGUCUUGGUAAACAACAUACUGCAGAACGCCCAGGAGCGCUUGAGGAGGCUCAACCACAACGUGGGGAAGGAGACGGCCCGCAGGAAAGCGAUGCUGGAGGCCAGCGGCAGCUACCCACAGGGCUCCCCUAGCAAGUGAGGAAUGCGGGCAUCAUGAACUGACUGAGGUGCCGUUCCUUGGACCUGCAGGGUUCUCAAAACGUGCGGAUACUGCUGACUUGUGGGGUUCAACCAGGAUCAAGCUGGACUUUCAGACAAGCCGACGGACGAGCAAAAAAGGACUGCUAUGCGUGGAAACUCCUCUUGCCUCCCUUGAGAAGUAAGCUGAACCAAAGGGUGGGUGGGCUCAUGCACAGAAAAAAAAAUAUUCUAACACGCUACUCAUCACAGACGGAGGUGGUACGAUGGAGCCUCUUCGGGCUCUGCAAUACGGCUUUUCGCUGGUGCAAUAAAGUGGAAAUAUUCUAGCCAA